UCUGGUUCCAUAAAGAUCACAGCCCUGGAAACCCUAUAGGGUUGCUGUGAGUCUGAAUUGACUUGAUGGCAAAAGGUUUGGUUUUGUUAUUUGAAACAUGUUAUACAUCGUCACUCCCAACCAGCUAAGAGGCUGAGUUCUAGUUCUUUAUACUUAGGCAACUGUGACUUGUUGCUUGUGCUGAGUAAAUGGUAGGUUAUGUUACUGGAACAUGCUUAGUGUAAGAAUGGAGAAAACUGGAGAAUUUUGAUAUCUCCAGGAAGCACCUACCUUUGAAUGUUUACAGGAAAAUAAUGGGAUACACUCCAAAGGGAGGGGGGAAAAAGCAAAGAAGAGGAGUGUAUUCACAGGCAGAGGAGGAAGCGGAAAGCAAGGCAAAGUUAGGAAAAUAAAAGGCGAUUUAAAAAGAAAUAAUAACAGAGAUGGGGAGGGCAAGCGGACAGGAGCCAGUUAGACCGGGGACAGGAGUGGGUGGCGAAUGAGUGGCUAGCCCAGUGACUUGCCAAGCAGGCACCAGGAGGAGGAGGAGAGACGGGAGGGGCUUGGCCAAGGGUAAAGGCAGAGCAAGCCAUAAAAGGGAGAUGACCCCAGCUGGCUGAUGCCACCACUGACCUGCGACGCCCAGGACGAGGGAGCCCAAGGAGGGAAAAGGAGAGGGAAGGCCAGGCUGCCGAAGCCGGCCCCGGGCUCGCGAGGGAGGCGCUCUGACCGGAGAGGAGAGACCUCUCGGAGCUCCCGGCAGCCCCGUCACUAUGUGCGAACUGUACAGUAAGCAGGACACCCUGGCGCUAAGGAGGAGGCACAUCGGGCCCUCAUGUAAAGUUUUCUUUGCUGAUGAUCCCAUCAAAAUUGUGCGAGCUCAGAGGCAGUACAUGUUUGAUGAGAAAGGCGACCAGUAUUUGGACUGCAUCAGCAAUGUGGCCCAUGUGGGACACUGUCACCCUGAAGUGGUCAAAGCUGCCUUGAAACAGAUGGAACUGCUAAAUACAAACUCUCGGUUCCUUCACGACAGCAUUGUUGAGUAUGCCAAGCGCCUUUCAGCAACCCUGCCGGAGAAACUCUCUGUUUGCUAUUUUACAAAUUCAGGAUCUGAAGCCAAUGACUUAGCCCUACGCCUGGCUCGGCAGUACAGAGGCCACCAAGAUGUGAUCACUCUUGACCAUGCUUACCAUGGUCACCUAUCAUCUUUAAUAGAGAUCAGUCCAUAUAAAUUUCGAAAGGGCAAAGAUAUCAAGAAAGAAUUUGUACAUGUGGCACCACAUCCAGAUACUUACAGAGGAAAAUAUAGAGAAGACCAUCCAGACCCAGCCAGUGCUUAUGCAAAUGAGGUGAAGAAAAUUAUUGAAGAUGCUCAUAACGGUGGGAGAAAGAUUGCUGCCUUUAUUGCUGAAUCCAUGCAGAGUUGUGGCGGACAAAUAAUUCCUCCAGCAGGCUACUUCCAGAAAGUGGCAGAAUACGUACAUGGAGCAGGGGGUGUAUUUAUAGCUGAUGAAGUUCAGGUAGGCUUUGGCCGAGUUGGGAAACAUUUCUGGAGCUUCCAAAUGCAUGGCGAAGACUUUGUUCCCGACAUCGUCACAAUGGGAAAACCAAUUGGCAAUGGCCAUCCAAUGGCAUGUGUGGUAACAACCAGAGAAAUUGCAGAAGCCUUCAGCAGCUCUGGAAUGGAGUAUUUCAAUACGUAUGGAGGAAAUCCAGUAUCUUGUGCUGUUGGUCUGACUGUCCUGGAUAUAAUUGAAAAUGAAGACCUUCAAAGAAAUGCCACCAGAGUAGGGAAUUAUCUUACAGAGUUACUGAAUAAACAGAAGGCUAAACAUACUUUGAUAGGAGAUAUCAGGGGCUUUGGCCUUUUUAUUGGGAUUGACUUAGUGAAGGACCAGCAGAAAAGGACCCCUGCCACAGCUGAGGCUCAACAUGUCAUCUACAAAAUGAAGGAAAAGCGAGUGCUUCUCAGUGCUGAUGGACCUCACAGAAAUGUGCUUAAAAUAAAACCACCUAUGUGCUUCACGGAAGAGGAUGCAGAGUUUAUGGUGGAACAACUCGAUGGGAUUCUAACAGUUUUAGAAGAAGCCACAGGUGCCAGAACUGAAAGCAUGAUCUCUGCGAAGACUCCAUGCAGAGCAAAAAUGCCUAAUGAAGCACACUCGGAAUUGCUCAGUGAUGGCUGCACUGACACCAAAGAAAAUCCCAAAAAGAGAAAUGGAUUGCACGCGGAUAAACUGUCGCUGCUCAGUCAGAGGCUCAAGACAUGA